ACUGCCUUGAUAGUCUUUGAUACAAUAUUAAAAUCGUACGAAUUCUUUCAUAAGUAUAAUGCAAUGCAAGUGUAAUUUUUCCAUGAAAUAAUCAGUCUAUAAUUUUGUGUACCAAAAAUAGUAGUGCAGGACUUUAAAUAAGGAAUAGAUAGAUCACAGAACGUGCAGUCGAAAAAAACUGUCCGUGAAGUAGCUCGCUUGAUACCGUUUACCGAUAAUGGAGUCGCAGGGUACGUGCGAGGUGUCUGUGCAGGUUGCACACGUGAAGGAGGAGGCUGAAGUGCCGGUGGAACCAGAACAAAUUGAGGUGGAAAUCGAGUUUGUGCCAUGUGAAGUGAGCGUUGGAUCGUGGAGUGAUGGCGACGACGGACAGGAGCUGAACCCUGAAGCUUCGAAGAACCGGGGAGGCAGAAGAAUCCACGGUCGCCAGCAACCCACCAGGGAUUUCCGCGCGAGGUCCGAGACAAACCUCAGCAGAACUCCAAAACGGAAAAACCCUUACCCCUGCGACAUGUGCGAAAAGCGAUUCAGUAAACUAGAUAAUUUAAAUAAACAUAGAAGAAUUCAUACCGGAGAAAAGCCUUUUUCAUGUGAAUUUUGUAAAAAAGAGUUCUCUCGUUUGUCUGCUUUAACCAGUCACAUACGUGUACACACUGGUGAAAAAUCGUACACCUGUGAAAUAUGCCAAAAGCAAUUUGCACAUUUAAGUAAUUUGACUAUACAUAGAAGAAUCCAUACCGGCCAAAAGUCGUACAAAUGUGAAGUAUGCGAAAAGAAAUUCGCUCACUUGAGCAACUUGACUGUACAUAAGAGAAUACACACUGGUGAAAAAUCAUAUACAUGUGAAGUAUGUCAAAAGCCUUUUGCGCAUUUAAGCAACUUGACAGUACAUAAAAGAAUACAUACUGGGGAAAAGGCGUACACUUGUGAAAUAUGUGAAAAGCAAUUUGCCCAUUUGAGUAAUUUGACUGUACAUAAACGUACCCAUACUGGUGAGAAACCACACUCUUGUGAAAUAUGUAAGAAACAGUAUUCAAGUUCUGUAGGAUUGAUUAAACAUAAAAAGAUCCAUACUGUAGAAAAUUGAUUGCAGCUAUGUAUCAAUAUUUUUCAAAAUCUGUCUAUCGUAUAUGUUAGUCAGCGGCCGCCUAGAGUUAAGAAGAUAUGUACACGAAUAAAAAAUGAAUUAGAAUAGUAGGAUCGUCAAAAACGAUUAGUUGAAUGAACGUGAACUGUUUACUUAUAAACAAAUAAAUUGAUUAAAAUAUUAUUCUUAGC